AUGAACGCAGAGACUAAUAAAAUCAAAGCCCGCCUCGCCUCGCUGAACGCCUCCUUCUCAGAGCUCGAGUCCCUCCUCGACCCGUUAUUCGCCCAGUCGCUCCCCGAGACCCUCGUCGGCCUCGAGCCGCUCCAGCAGGCAAAGCUCCAGACCGUCCUCCCAUACCUCGUCUACGAUCUCAUAUUCAUCUACCUAAAAUCACGAGGCAUCGAUCCUAAAACCCACCCCGUCGUCCCAGAACUCGACAGAAUAAGAGGCUACUUUGAAAAAAUCUCCUCCGCAGAGAACCCACCAACCAAACGCACAGAGCUCGACAAAGCAGCCGCCUCGCGCUUCAUCAAACACGCCAUCUCCCAAGCACAGACAAAAUGGAAAAAGACAGCCGCCGAGGACGCGCAGGACGAUGAUGCUGCCGCGCCGUCAUCCUCUUCAACAGCAACCCGCGUCCCCCUGAAAAUCACUUCCAAAAUGCGCGCGCGUGCAGAGUACGAGGCAGAGGUUCGCCGCGCGGACGAGGCGGGUGAGGAGGAGAGCGAUUUAGUCGUGGUUGAUGGUGAUGAGGAUGAAGAUGAAGAUGAGGAGAGUACGAAGAUGGACGUGGACGUGGAUGACGAAGCGUUACCUACAAACUCCAAAUCCAAAGGCAAAGGCAAAGGCAAAGAAACAUCCUCCACCACAAGCAUAUCCACAACCAUAACCACAACAUCCAACAAACGGCGCAGACCCGCAAUCGACCAUUUCGCCGGAUACGGCGACGACGCACCCCAACCCUCCCUCUCCACCGAACCUUCCAAAAAAGCAAAAUCCUCGCCUGAAACGAGCUCGUCGCCUCCUGAAUCGACAGCUCCGUCACCUGCUUUCGGCGAGAGCGACAAAUCUAAAUCUUCAAAUUCAAGUUCGAAUAAAAAGUCGAAAAAGAAAGCUAAAAAAGCUGCUGCUGCUGCUGCAUCCUCGUCAUAA